AAUUCUAUUGACUUGUUUCUUUAUCCAGAUAGUAAGACAGACAUAAGUCAAAUUUCUAAUUUGUAGAUAAUCUAAAUGUCUUACUUUUCCUUUCAUCCAUAGGAAACAAAUAUUUUCGGGGGCAAAUUGUAGAGAUACACUAACAUUUUCCAAUUGAUCCAAGCUAUGACACGAAGAUGUUGUUGGCCAAAGAUAUUUCGUAGUUGUUGCAAUUUUAGAUGUUGUAACGAUGUGAAUAACGAAGAUAAUCAUGAUGAGAAUAACGCCGACGACAAGAAUCAUCACAUAGAGCUAGCCACGGGAAGGGUUCAACUCAUCAACACGAUCCAGAAUUGGGAUGCCAAGCUCCUCGAGACCAAGAAACCCGGCAAGAUUGUCAUCCUCAAUUUUAGCUCUUCCUGGAGUAGUCCCUGUAGGAGAAUAGCUCAACCCUACUGCAAGCUUGCUGACAAAUACCCUUCUAUCACAUUUCUUACUGUCGACGUAGAUGCACUUGCGGAAAUGAGUUCGACAUGGGAAGUCAAGGCCACACCCACAUUUUUUUUCUUGAAAGAAGGGAAACAAGUGGACAAACUUGUUGGUGCAGACAAGCAAGAGCUCAAAACGAAGAUUGCUAACAUUGAUAGUCUACCUUCAUAGUAUUCCCAGGAACAAGUGCAAGUGAUUCUUUUGAAUAGAGAUUUGCCCUUAUCUUUUUCUUAGUGCUCUCUCAUCAGCAAAACAAAAUGUAAAACAAGUAUGAUAAAAAAAAAAAGGAUUCGAAGAGGAAGAGAGAUGUAUAUGUUUAUGGAAAUAGUAUGGUUGAGCAUACAUGGAGUGUAAUUUUGUAGUAAUACUUUUGCAUGCAAAGUGUAGAUUUAUUUUCUUUUCCAUGCUUUUGAAAUUUUGGAAACCAACGACAUCUAUUGAUAGGGCUCAAAAGAAGGAUGAUUUUCACUAUAUCU